AACACCCCAAGUACGGCAAGGCGAACCGAAGACAGGUAGAAACCGGAUACAUCUAGGAUUGUCGGAGAUCCGUUGACGCCAAGAGUUGCACAAAGCAAAACUUGUUUCCAGAAUCAUGCCGUCGGCUACAAAAUCCGCCAAAAAGCGCAAGGCCGACGACGGCUCGGCCGUGGCGGAAACGUCGGCGGGUCCGAUGAUUACGCCUUCGUCGCACACGCCCAAGCUCGAUACGAGUAAGUGGCCGUUACUGCUGAAGAACUAUCACGAACUCCACGUGCGCACCGCGCACUACACCCCGCUACCGACCGGCAGUAGUCCGCUCGCCCGCACCCUCGAACAGCACUUGCAGUACGGAGUCAUCAAUCUCGACAAACCCGCCAAUCCGUCCUCGCACGAAGUUGUGUCCUGGAUUAAACGCAUUCUGCGAGUCGAGAAAACGGGACAUUCCGGCACGCUGGACCCCAAAGUUACCGGUUGUCUCAUUGUGUGUAUAGAUCGCGCCACCCGACUCGUCAAGGCACAGCAGAGUGCCGGUAAAGAGUAUAUCGGCGUUGUGCGUCUGCACGCUGCCUUGGACGAUCCCAAGCAGCUCACGCGAGCGAUUGAAACCACACUCACCGGCGCGCUAUUUCAACGACCGCCCCUUAUUUCGGCCGUCAAACGACAAUUGCGCAUUCGAACCAUUUACGAUUCCAAGCUCCUCGAGUUCGACGGCGAACGAAACCUAGGUGUCUUUUGGGUCAAGUGUGAGGCCGGAACGUACAUUCGUACCCUCUGCGUGCACGCGGGACUCUUGGUCGGUACCGGUGGUCACAUGCAGGAACUGCGUCGCGUUAAAUCCGGUGUGCUCGGGGAAGAAGACAAUCUCGUCACGCUGCACGACGUUAUGGACGCACAGCACGUGUACGACACCACUAAGGACGAAACCUAUUUGCGCCGGGUGGUCAUGCCGCUCGAGACUCUCUUGACCAACUACAAGCGUAUCGUUGUGAAAGAUAGUGCCGUCAACGCAAUCUGCUACGGUGCCAAGUUGAUGAUACCCGGUUUGCUGCGCUUUGCCGACGAUAUCGAACUCAAUCAGGAGGUGGUACUCAUGACGACCAAGGGCGAGGCUAUUGCCGUGGCUUUGGCGCAAAUGACGACGGCCGUCAUGGCCACAGUGGACCACGGAGUCGUGGCCAAGAUUAAGCGGGUCAUUAUGGAACGCGAUGUGUACCCGCGUCGAUGGGGUCUCGGGCCCAUGGCGCAACGGAAGAAGAGUAUGAUCAAGGAAGGCAAACUGGACAAGCACGGCAAACCCAACGAAAAGACGCCGUCGAACUUUUUGGAUUCCUACAAGGAUUAUUCGAAAUCCAAACCGCCCGUAUUGGAUGGUAACGGUGAACCGACCACGCCGGGAUCCGCAUCCGUCGCCUCCAGCAACGGAGAUAAAAUGGAAGUCGACGAAUCGGAGAAGAAACGACCAUCCUCGCCAAAAUCCGAGGAUGAUGACGAUGCUCCCCAGAAAAAGAAGGAUAAGAAAGACAAGAAGAAGAAAAAGGACAAGAAAAAGAAGAAGGAAAAGGAGUAGAGGACGCCUUGUUUCCUGCUACUAGUAUAUCUUCCAGAGAAAUCUAAACUAAUCUUUUGAGAAAUUUGUAUGCAUUCGCGUACAUCGAAAAGUUGACAAGGGGUCAUGCAAUGGGUCCGUUGCUGGCAGCAGUUGCGAACGAGUAGGCUAGAACAGAAUUUUUAAAUGGUAUGCUCUUAAGAUUAGGUA